AUGGCAUCAGAAAAAAAUAAAAAAUUAGAUCAAAAUUUUGUCACGAUUAGCAAAGAACAAAGGGUACCUCAAGUUUCGGUAAACGUCACACAAAAACCCACACUUUAUGCCGCCGUUGUGGAAGGCGUGCCUUUCAUAAUCAAAAGAAAACCUGUGCACAGUGCGGAUAUCCCUCCGCAAAGACGAGAAGCUAUAACUGGAGCGAAAAAGGCAAACGCAGAAAGACAACAGUUUGAGAAGGAUGCAUUAUUUGAGGGAGUAUUGGAUGAUAAAGUUCCGCAUAUUAUUAAAGUCAUGUUCGAACAGUUCAAAAAAUUAUCCUCAGCUAUAAGCUUUAAAGACCUUAUUGAUACAACCGGCCUUAAUGAAGGUGAAUUCAAAAAUUUUACCAGAGAAGGACUUCAGGUUGUUCGUAGCGAAUGGGAAAAUAUACGUACAAAAUCAGCCGAGAUUCUUACCCCAGCAUUGAGUCCGCGAAUAGGCGCGUUAUCACCAAGGCUACCUACGAUCGGUAGUUCAAGCAAAUCACGUGCCAUAACAAGACUAGAUAUACCGGCAACUACUGAACUUGCAAUAAGAUACGAGAAUGAGUUAAAUGUAAUAAAAACUGCGAAUGAAAAUAAUUUUCGUAACUCUGCUUUAAUUGAUGAACUUGUGCAGCAAAUGUUGAAAAAAUGUGAGAAUCAUUAUCAAACAUGCGAGCUAGUCAAAUCAGAAACGAGCCAAUUACCUAAGGUAAAAGAGGUGAUUGAUGAAAUGACUUAUUCUGCAAGAAAACUGACCGAAUUGGAGAAAAUGAUAGAUGAUUAUGCAAAAAUGAAUGAAGAGAAAUCUUUUGAAGAUUGGAAAAAAUCCGAACUUCUUGCACUUAAUAAACAUUUUGAGGAAAAAAAUGCGGAAUUAGACGAAAAGAAAAUUAUGUAUCAACAACAUUACGAGGAAUUUAAAGAUAAUCAUACAAGUGAAAAAGUGCAAUCAUAUCAGGCUGAUUUUGAAAUACAAAUGGAAAAUUAUAGGAAGCGGAUAAUAACUACUACUGUAUUAUGCAAUGAACAUUCGACAAAUAUAUCAGAUGAAGAUUUGAUAGCCAGUUUAGAACAAGUUGAAUUGGAAACUGAAGAUGAUCGAGAGGCAACUUUGCUUCAAGGGCCAAACAUUUACCUGACGAGCAACUCUUAA